AUGAGUGCAGAGUCCGAGGCUUUUUCUGUACCUUCUCCGCCAGAAGUCGGUCAACCACGGACCCCAACGACAGCCGUGGUGACAUUUCUCAGCGAGGCCGACGUGAGCUCGGAUGCCGCCAGAAUCGAGGCAAGUGCGGAAGCUUGGGCUGCGAGUUCUUCAGGACUCUCGACGAAGCGCUGCGAAGCACUGCAGGUGAUUGAGUUGGUGCUUUCGUCUUUAGCCCUGACGUGCUGGACAGCGAUGUGUGUGCUUGACUUGUCCGGGUACUGGAACGAGCCUCUCGAAUCUGAAGACAGCUUGCCCUCGCAUGUUCUGAGCCUCAGUGUUUGGUGCGUGUCCUGCGGGGUCUUCAUCGCCAGGCAGAGUAGCAUCUGUUGCCAGAAGGACUGGUCCAAAGACCUGAAAGGCCAAGCUGUGGCAGGUCAUUCUGGCCUUUAUCGGGAAUUGCUGGUACUCCUGGCAACACAGUGGUCACUAAUCUCUGGAGCUCUUGCAUGGUUGGUGUUUCACGCGGCCCAUCAGCGGCGGAUGCAGGUCAUCGCUGGCUUGCUAGCUGUUUUGGCACUGCUGGCCCUUCUUCUUUGCACGGUUGUUUAUGUCCUGAGGGAGCACAGGAAGAGGUCGAAGGUGAGUUGGGGCGCACCGUCUCCAAACCCCAAGGCCGAAGCGAGACCAGCGAAGCAUGAGGAUUUCAAGAGGACGGAUGGGGCUAUUCGUGCUCAGGCGCCGGAGGCGGUGGAGCUAUCUUCAAUGACUUCAAGCGUUGUGCUCGCUGACUUGAACAGAUUAUCUUUCAAGUCUCACAGGUCGUCGGCCAGGUCUUCGGGCACCCACGACCAGGAGGAUUCCCUUUCUACGUCUGGGAACUAUUUGGGCAAGCUCUGGUCAGAUGAUGGGUCCGUGUCGAAACAGUCCGUCCUGAAACAGGGGGUGGACUCUAUGGACUCGGACAUGUUCUCUGUCGAGGGGCUGAUGUCUGACAAGUCAUUGAAGCAAGUUGUUUUUGGCGAGAUGCCAAUACGAAGCAGUCGUGGUCGGUGGAGGCCACUUUUCCCCAGCCUUUCCGAGUCUUCAUACAGCCCUUCGGCCUCGAUGAGCUGCAGCGUUGCCAGCCUCCCGGUCCCAGCGGCAAAGGAGUCGCCGAGUCGCUGUUCUCUCUUGGAUCCCUUUGCCUGUGAGGCAUCUGUACGAAAACUCGGCGGAGAUCUCAGCUUUACAAGAGUAUUUGGUUCUUGGAGCGCUGGAAGUCUUCAGAUCAUCGAAUUCCAGCAGCUGACGACGUGA